AUGAUGCCUACUUGGAUACCGAGUAACCUUUGCAAUCAGCCGUCAAGACCAGUGAACGGAAAUCCCCACGCCAAGGUAAUCCUCGCUCACUUCGACUUAUAUUGCCUCCUUUCCAGCAACAACAAUCGGCUCCAAGCGGUCUGACGUACCGUACUCCGCACCCGAAGACGUCCACUCAAUACGUGUAUCCGAGCAGACAGAGACAAGGACAUCGGCAGGUGAGAUAUAAAAACAAAAAACAGAACGCAAACGGACUGAAAACGACGAUUGAAUGAAUGAUAAUGACGAAUGAAUGCAAACAGUGAUUGGAGCGCUUUGUGGCACAAUUAAGCGGCUGAUUCGCAUUCGCUCUUACCAUUAUCGCGAAUUGUGCAACAACGUCGAUGGGGUGUACUUUUAUGAGCCUAUUAGGGAGACUACCGUUAGACGUCAAUGAAAAAGAAGAUUAGUGACGAGGAAUUGAAGGCGCAAUGCACAAAAACCUCUAGUUUUUCUUUUGGCUGGGUACUAGGGGACUUUCUGAUGAUUCUAAAAGAUUUAGAUUUCGAAGUUUUGGAAAAAAAUCGUCCCCUUUUUCUUUUUUUCAAUCUCGAGAGAAUGGUUAGCCAUUUGUAUCUAAUUUCAUUCUCGUCUCGAAAGUCGUAAAGUAAAUGGGAAAAUAAAAGGAAGGAGAUGGAAAAGGACAGAAAGAUUGACAUUUGAAAUGAUCGAAGAUUACUGUAGUAAGGGAUAGAUGGAAGUGUGUUUGUGGGAUUAGAAAACAGCGAAAACUGGAGUGUUCAAAUAAAAAUUCGCCGGAAGUUUCCGUUUUUCCACUAGAAUGGCCCAGAUUUCAUAAGUCUGUUCUCUUCCCCGCCAAAUAUCCAAGUUCGAAAACCCAAUUCGUCUGAAAUCUGCUCAGCUUGAAACUCUCAUUCCUUCCUAUUUCAAUCAAAUUAUUUACAAAUCCGAUUCUCAAACAUUGGUAACCGUCCCCCGCCCACGAGAAACAUUGUAAUUCUGUUGAAAUCGUCCGAGACGCAUCUGUUUCAAUUUCUGACGGCCGAGCGAAUGUUUUCAUCCCUCUGCGAUUCUUUUGUUGCGGAUUCAUUCUUCGCUCUCAUUCGUUCUUUUUUAUCGUCGUGGCUUCGUCGCAGAAUUGGAAAAGAAACCAAUUUGAUAUGCGAGAGCAGAGCACUCAUCGCUCUUUCUCUCUUUCUCUUCCUUCGCCGUCAUCGUCUUCUUCCCUUUCGAUCGUAAACUGAAAUUGCACUUGGGGCGGUUUGUUUGUCAUCGACAACGAAUGCCCCCACACUGAAUUUACCAUAAAAAGACGAAAUUGAAGAUUUCGAGGCUGGGCGCGUUGGAUUACACACUCGAAAUUUGAGAUUUCAAAUGAAAAUGAGUGGGGAAAAAGGAGAAAAGAGGAACUCUUGAGACCGGAAGAUGUGUGCCGAGCUACUCUUUUUAGAGACGUUUUUGAAGUCGUCAAACUUUGAGUUCACUCAGAAAAGUUUAUUUCUGGAGUGCUCUUUUGGUCCCUUUUCUGACUGACAACCGUCAUUUAGUAGCGAUAUGAAUUCAAGUGGUUACUCACUUGUUGUGAUGCGUUUCUGUUUACUGGAUAAAGUUCCCAUCCGUGAAUUAUUUAACUAUGAGAUCUCCUCACAAAUAUCAUCAUUUCGUAUUCCCAAGAUUCACGUGAUCUUUUCUGCAAAACGUAUUUUAAAAAACGUGACGUGAAUUGUCCGAGAAAGAUAGUUUUCAAACCCUUUCGAAGAAUAACAUCAAAAAUAUCUUCGUCCACUCAAAUCCGUUUGAUUCUCCUUUCGCUCUAACGUACAGUAAUCCGGGAGGUUAUCCGCACCAAAACACAGCUCUUCCAGGAAACCUUUGAACUUCAUUUUCGUGCUCAUCGGUGCAGGUUUCAUGAAAAACCCUCGACGGGAGCACCCUGCUUCUCUCUUUUUCAUCUUCAUGCCUCAUUUCACUUUGCUCGAAAAAGACAACUCGAGGACUUUGAAAUGAGUUUGUGCCCAUCAUCCCCUUCUCUGCUCCUUCUGCUCCGUCCGUCCGUCGUCUAGACCCAGAAGCGGUUCCAUACAAUCCACUCUCUUCGUUUUUUUGCUGUGAUAUUUGUCCUAGAGGGCCACGAGAAUAGAACACGCAUUGUUUGCCGACGGAAAGAGAAGGCUGCACUCUGAAAUCCCAACUAAACCAACCAUUUGGUUUCUGUUUGUUCAUGCUUGUCGAAGAAAAAUGGUCUGUGCCCAAUUCUCCCUCUAGCUUUGAUUCUUUUCUAAAAUGGAUUCGAACAUACUACGGUAGAAUUGCGGGCCAUGAGUCAUGCAGCUGCCGGAGCUAAUAAUUGAUUUGUGAUGGGCGCGAGGGCACUCGCAAACAAACUCUUUCUCCUCAUUCUUCUCCGCCUCCAAGCAGCAGCAACACAGCACACAGCGCCCGUGGCAAGGGGCCAAUCGUUUUCCCAUAACUCUUUCGUCUCUUCUCUGUCGGCCUCCGUCUCGCGCCUUCCUCCACUUUUCUUGUCUCCUUCUCUGCGUGUCGCUUUCAGGGCGCCGGCCGAUUCACAAAGAGACAUAGCUGACGAGACGGCAUUUUGCCUAUCAUUCCGCGCCGCAAUAUUUCCACACUCACUCGUUUUUUCUAUUCAGCGCAGCACCCGCACACACACACACACACACACACAUACGCUUAAUUCAUUUAUUUUUGUUCCAACGAUCUAUCCGUCUUUUUCUAUCCGUGCUCCUAUGUGACCCCUUCCGUUUCUUUCCGCUCCGAAUGAUCGUCGUCGUUGCUUCCUCAACUUUUCCACUUCUUUCGUCUUUGUGAAGCACCGAGAAGCUAACAUUUUUCACGAAAAAGCUCGUUCUGGGUGUGUUUUCGGUUGCUUGUGGUCAGACGUCUGGAUCCCUUUCUGGUAAACACGAGGUGCCUCGAAUUGUCUGGCCGAAAUGAGCGACAAUCCGACGUUGAAGGUGUGACGCAUCCAUUGUUAUUAUCCUCCUUUUCUCGUUCUGAGCGACUGUUUAUCGCCGUUGCCACCUCUGGGUUGCGUUGUUUUGACUGAAGACUAUGCAGAGAUACUGGAAACGACUAAUAAUUCUUCACUUCCUGCACUUUCGCUUCUUACAAAGCUGUAUUAGUCCCGCACAUUUCUGGCAAAGUCGCUUUACCGCAAUUCCACGUGAAAAUUCGGCUGCGGCCGCAACUUUUUCCGAUUUAGUACUGAAUUUGCGUGGUGACCGGUUGAACGAGAUUUCCAGAAAAUCAGCAAUAUAACACUUGCUUUCUUCUUCACCUACUUUUGCCCAUAUAAAGUUCAUUCUGUUCACUUUUUCAAGUGAUUGAAAGAGUUCAGCCCUUUAACCAGUCCCUGGGGACAUUUUUCCAUCUCUAACGAACUUUUCGCUCCGUUUCCGGGCACGUCUUCAGCUUCUUUUCCAGUUCCGGACCCGUAUUCCGACUUGUUUUCGGUGGCAUUUGACUGACGUCUGCCAAUUUCAUUUUUGUGGUCAUGUGUCCGUCGGUCUCGCGUUCCGUUGCAACCCUUAAAUUUCUAUUGUAUCGUCUUGUGCUCCGAAUGGCGGAAUUUGCCUCUGUUUUUUGUUGUUUGACGCCAAAAGUGAGAAACGCGGCCGCUCCAUUUCCGUGUUUUGCUCGAGAUAUUUUGAAAAGAGAAACUGGAAAGAGAAAGUCAGUUCUUUUCGUCGUCUGAAGAUGGUACUGAAGUGUUUCUUCUCCCCCUCCCAUCUUCAAUUUCUUCGCCGUCACGCGAUAUUUGACACGACUGUAAUUGGCUAUUCCACAAUUCUCAUUUCUCUGAAUGCCUCAAUUCGUUCCCCAUUUGAAUAAUCAAUCAGUCGGUAAUUCAUCCUCACUUCUCGCAUUCCCUCUCAUCUCUCUCCGUCUCUCCUAUCACUUAUCUGAUUGAUUAACAACGCGGCAGAAGUGAGCCCCUCAAUGUGUCUGGAGCAGCAGGAGCCUUCCCCUUCCUUCCCUUCUUUUCUUUUUUUUUCUUCAUCUGAUUUCUGAUCAGAAACUGCUGCUUGUCAUGUCGGAGAGGACAUUUUCUCACUGACUCCAGACGCAUGUUGUUGUUUCCAGUUGAGUCUUCCUUUUCCAAUCUGGAAUAAUCAUUAUUAUUAACAACUCUUCACGGGUUUGUCCCUCUGUUUGUUUGUUUCUCCGUUUGUCCGUCCCCAUAAUCAUUUCUAAAACGAAAUGAUUGCGACGGAGAAACUAAGAAAUGAACACGUGAACUUUCGAACGGUUAUGAGAAACAAACAAGCGGCAAAGCCGCUUUCGAACGUCAGCUCGGCUCGCGUACCGGGCCCUGUUACAAAAAGUAUUGUACUUGAUAUUCAAUCAGAAAUUUCUGAACUGGCCUUUUGAGAGAAAACCUGGCCAGACCGACCGGAAACGAACUAGUAAUGCGUCACAGUUUUGAUAAGAAAGAAGUGAUCAGGAAACUGAUGCUCAGUUCAUGUUCAUCGGUAACUUUCGUUCCAUGUUUUGAGGCCAGAACUGAAUAGAAUUGUGCGCGUAGUGCGUUCUAUUGCACUUUCAAAAAAUGUGUAAACAGGAAUGUCCGAAAACGGCGCUCUCGUUCUAUGAGUCAGACCUCGCCUUUUUCUACUUGUAAGUCACUUCUGUCUUUUUUGUUUUGAGUGCCUUUUCAGGUCGGUUUCCGCUCAACGCACACCGCCCAUUGUCUAUGAGAAUGUGGUCAAAAAGGCGUGAAAGAUUAUUCUUGGGGCUUCUUCUUUUCUGCCUGUUUCUCCCGUUUUCCUCCGGGCUCCGCCGCCGCCGCCAUUUGCCUUUUUCGUUUUUUGCUCCGUGUCUGUCCGCAGCGCUCGCAUCCCUUGCUGCCGCUGAGCUGCUCUGCUGCUCGCAUUUCGAGUGCACUUCGCUAGACUCUCAAUUUUUAGCCCGUCAAGGAGAAGAAGAAGAAGAGGAGUGCAAGAAGGAGAGGUGCAAAGAAUGAAGGCUCUGACGGCUUCUCAUCAUUCCUAGGUUGCCACAUUUUGCAAAGUUUCCGGUUCUUCUAAAGGGCAAAGCGAUUACGUGCAUUUAGCAUUUUCGGAAAUCAGCUCCUUUGUGCCGCCUCUCCACGUCGUCUGCGGGCUCUCUCCAGCUCAGACCUACUACUACAUUUAUAUCCAAUUAGGAUGGCGAGUCGCAUCGGAUUGUUUUAUUUCACCGCUAGCUGCGCCGUCAGAAGCUGUGCUUCAGUUGUUUGUCGCCAGAGAUUCGCUCCCGAGAGGAUGUAGUAGGAAUAAGGGAAAGUAUCGAAUUGCGCCGUACUCUCUGGUGCUCUGAUCGUUUUUCACUUUCAAUGCCACAUCAUUUUGAUGCGGAACUCUAGGAAAGUACUUUAAAUCCGGCUGUAAUCCCAUUUGUAUCUCGCUCGCAGAGAGAACAAAAGGGAUUUGCUAUGAAGGGCGAAAGCGAAGUCGAGAAGACGAAGCCUUCACCUUCUUGAUAAAUUUCAACGUCAUCUGAGAAAGUGGGUGGUGCCUGCUGACAGAUGACGUGGCAACACGCGAGCACGAGAAGGGGGAUGGAGGGAAAGACGUGUUUUACCCGGAAAAGGUGAGACCCGAGAGGGCGAGCAGUUGUCAUGCCAACUUUUUGCACCUGUCUCUGCUCGCUCCUCCAAAUUUUCCAAAUUUUUCAACAGCUCCUUCAUCUUUUUACUCUGUUUAGCCUCGCGAAAAAGCGAGCCUUCGUGUCUCCAUAGAGAUUAUCAAAGCAGCCAUCUCAUGUUUUUGUUGUCGACUCUCGCUCCCCGCUAAUCACUUAUGUUGACCGCGAGACCGACUUUCGGACGAGCUCAUAUUCUUUUGGCAAAGGAGAGGAUAACUAAUUAUUCAUCACGAGUUUCCUUUCCCCCGUGACUUUCUAGAGACCAAAAAGCGCCGAACACAGUAGUUUAUGUUCCAAAAGUCAAGUGGAUUUCGACCAAGCAGUCCAUUCCGAACCCCAUUUCCGCUCAAAUCGCCACAAACAUCUGAAGAGGCGACAGCACGGCAAUGAAAAGAUGAUGAAGAAGAGGGCAUUUACAUAAGUAUAUCCGGCCAUAAUCCUCGUCCGUCGCAUCAAAUCAAUCCAAAAUGGAGGAAGAGACGGGCGGCCGGCUGCCCCUGCGCAUAUCACAGUCGCCUUGACUUGUAAUAAUUGUUCCCUCCUCCUCGUCCGUUUUGUCUUUCUCCCGUCGUUCGUUUCCUCCGUUUUCCCAUCUUCGUUCUCCCCGUUCAUCGCUAUCACGAGUUGGUUGGCUUGCGACCGAGGGCGAAAAGAGCGAAAAGCCACAUUUCAUGCAUUUCCAAUGUGAUUUCGACACUUCGACCACCCUCUGAUUUUCGCCUUUUUCACUUUGCCAUUCAAACAUUCGCUUAUUUGCAGAUGGCCGACGGAGAAGCGGUUAUUUCGACAGUCAACAAUGUCGAGGAAGUCCACGGACAACUCUUCGAGGUACACAACUAACUUAGAACUGAAAAAGUGAUCAUGCGUGUUUCAGGUGGCUCCUCGCUACGUCAAUCUUUCGUACAUCGGCGAAGGCGCUUACGGAAUGGUCGCGUAAGUUUCGAUAGUUCCUCUUGCUGACGUCAUCCAUCCCUUUUUGCAGUUCGGCUCUGGAUACGAUAACUCGCGAGCGCGUUGCCAUCAAGAAGAUUUCGCCGUUCGAGCAUCAGACAUUCUGCCAGCGCACACUUCGCGAAAUCAAGAUUCUGAAUCGCUUCAAGCACGAGAACGUAUGUGCUCAGGCAACUGCGGAAUUGAGAGGAAAUGUUCACAUUUUCAGAUCAUCAACAUUCAGGAGAUCAUCCGCUCGGAGACUGUCGACUCGAUGAAGGACAUGUAAGAGUGUCUUUGUCGGUUCUUCCAUCCAAUGUUUACUUUCAGCUACAUAGUUCAAUGCCUGAUGGAGACUGACUUGUACAAACUGCUGAAGACGCAGAAACUGUCGAACGACCACGUCUGCUAUUUCCUUUAUCAGAUUCUGCGUGGUCUCAAGUACAUUCACUCUGCCAACGUGCUCCAUCGUGAUCUGAAGCCGUCCAAUCUUCUGCUCAACACCACCUGUGAUCUGAAAAUCUGCGAUUUCGGACUAGCUCGUGUGACCGAUCCACAGACGGAUCACACUGGCUUCCUGACUGAAUACGUGGCGACUCGCUGGUACCGUGCUCCCGAAAUCAUGCUCAACUCGAAGGGAUACACCAAGUCGAUCGACGUCUGGUCGGUCGGAUGCAUCCUCGCCGAGAUGCUCAGCAACCGCCCGCUCUUCCCGGGAAAACACUACUUGGACCAGCUGAAUCUGAUUCUGGCAGUCGUCGGAUCGCCGUCCAACGAGGAUCUGCAGUGCAUAAUCAACGACAAGGCCCGCUCGUAUCUCAUCUCGCUGCCGCACAAACCGAAGCAACCGUGGGCCCGCCUCUAUCCGGGAGCCGAUCCGAGAGCUCUUGAUCUCCUCGACAAAAUGCUCACUUUCAACCCACACAACCGGUAGCUUUCCGCUGUUCCUAUAGUCUCAUUCAUCGGUUUUCCUUCAGCAUUGACAUUGAACAAGCGUUGGCUCAUCCGUACCUCGAGCAAUACUACGAUCCGGGGGAUGAGCCGGUGUGCGAGGAGCCGUUUACUCUUGAGAUGGAGUUCGACGAUCUUCCGAAGGAGAGACUGAAGGAGCUCAUCUGGGAAGAGGCCGAGGCUCACCACAAACGCAUGGAGCUCGAGGCCGCCCGAAACGGACAAAACGGACAGAGCACCGUCUAG